CACCAGGCAUCAGGGUCAUUUUGGCUCGAUAGCGGGCACCGCGUCAUCUGGCAAGGGCAGUGGCUCCGAGGUCAACAGGCACGACAGUGGGCACCGGGGUCAUCAGGUAUCCGGAUUGUCUGGCUCGACAGUGGCAUCGGGUCACACAGGUAUGACAGCGGGCACUGGGGUCACCAGGCAUCAGGUCAUUUGGCUCGCCAGCGAGCACCGCGUCAUCUGGCAAGGCAGUGGGCACCGAGUCACCAGGUACGACAGCGUGCUCUGAUCAAUUGGCACGACAGCGGGCACCAGAUCAGGUACCGGAUCAUCUGGAUCAAUAGCGGCAUCGAGUCAACUGGCCUAAAUUUUUUUUAGGAUCGUCAGCUGGGAUCAGUUCAUCAUGCUGGGUAGAGGCAUCAGGCUGAAUGCCGGCGUCCGGGCUGAGUAGAGGCUUCAGGCUGAGUAGACAAGUGGCCUUCAGGCCGAGUAGUCAUCAGGCCUUCGAGUACGAGCUUGCAGGCCUGACGUAGAGGCCAGGCCGAGUAGAGGGCUUCAGGCGAGUAGAGGCUUUCAGGCCGAGUAGAGGAUUC